GUUCGAGUUGACCUACAUUGAUCUACUUGGUGUUCGUGUGUCCCUUGAGCACGGAUGGGGGCUUCUUCAAAAGAGGCAGGUCUUCUCUCUCGAAGCUCACUUGUCAGAAAUAGGGCAAUGGAACAAUCCAGGACCCUCAUUGUGUGUUUGGUCUACAGCACCUUAGUCAUGGACAACGUAAUUCUGACUGUCAUCGUUCCAUUCAUGCCAGAUUAUCUACAUGAGCUCGAACAUCCCUUCAAAGUAGACCGCCAAUUGAGCAUUGAAAAUCACACCAAGACGACGAGUCCUCGAAUCACUCAAAUGUAUUUACAGUACCCAGGGGGUCCGCCCUUUUUAGUGCCCCAUCCAAAUGCAAGUCUUUUAGUUUUGGCAUUUCAAAAAUCGCAAGGCCACGGCGGGGUCCAUCGAGGGACUGAUUUGCAUGCAGCAAACGGAGAGACCAACCAACGUGAUCACGAAUUGCUCAAAGAAAAUGGAAGAGUUGGCACCCUUUUCGCUUCCAAAGCCAUUGUGCAACUUCUGGCAAACCCGUUGGUUGGCUUCAUUUCCUCAAAAUAUGGGUAUCAACAGCCGUUGGUUGCCGGCUCAGGGAUCCUCUUCCUUUCUUCCAUUCUCUUUGCCGGCCUCUCGAAAUAUCCCUCACUUCUUUUGGCCAGGAGUAUUCAAGGCAUUGGUUCAGCUUGCAUAACCGUGGCCGGAAUGGGAUUAAUGGCCAAAAUAUAUCCUGAAGAAUCUUUGAGAUCCAAAGUGAUGGGUCAUCUUAUGGGUGGGAUCGCGCUGGGGGUCAUUAUCGGUUAUCCUUUUGGAGGGUUCGCCUAUAGCGCUUGUGGCAAGACCAUGCCAUUCAUAAUCACCUCUCUAAUCACCGGCGUAUUAUUCCUGUUGAAUCUCAAAUUCAUUGGUUCACUUCCCAUGGACAGGGAGUAUACAACGUUCAAAACUACAACCAUGGAUCCUGAACUUCAUCAAGAGAGGUGUAUGUUUUCCAUUGCUCUGUUGCGGGAUCAUCACAUCAUCAUAUCUACCGUGGCAAUUUGGCUAUCCACUUCAGUUAUGGCAAUGUUGGAACCGUGCCUACCAAUUUGGCUGAUGAACAAGUUCAAUCCACCGACUUGGCAACUCGGGGUUGUGUUUUUACCUGAUAGCAUUGGUUAUUUCGUCGGAGCAAACUUUUUUGGCCCCAUUGCUCUUCAUUAUGGAAGAUGGUCGAUAGCCAUGGCAGCCAUGAUUUGCGUCGGUUUCUCAGCCAUUAUGAUCACACUGGCCACAGUCAUGUGGGAUCUUAUUUUUCCCCAUUAUUUUUUGGGCCUGGGCAUUGGGAUAGUGGAUUCGUCUCUAAUGCCAUUGUUGGCCCAAUUAGCGGACAUAAACCACGGAAGUGAUUAUGGAUCAGUGUAUGCCCUGGCCCAGACCUCGGUUAGCUUGGCAUACAGCCUCGGACCAUUGUUUGGGGCCCACCUGGCCCAACGAAUCGGAUUUCCAAAAGUUCUCCAAGCCUUGGGGAUUAUUAAUGUGGCAUACUCCCCAAUUCUAUUCUUGCUGAAAACAAGAGUCAAGGAUCAAGAUAAAGUGGUCAAGCAGCAGGAUAUCAAUCCAGUGCAUUAUGGAUCGACAACGUCCAAUUUACAUUCGAAAGAGUGGCCGACAACCAAGACAUAUUGCCCUAGUGUUUGUCAAAAUGGGCGCAUUGAGUCUGACUAGAAAGGCGAACAUAAUCAAUCGAAAUCCAGUUCAAUUUCGAUAGUUACAUUGUGUGUAUUUUAAACAGUAAAGGAAAAACUUUCGGCAUUAACCCACCACUGCGAGGCAAGAAACAAGAUGCAUUAAGAAAAAAGUACAUAAUCCCAUAAACUCAAUGCAAGAAAGAGAACAAUGUGUGGAGGGUAUAUCGCUUACUGAAUUUCCUCAGCUUUUUCAGCAGAGUUGGGUGCAAGAAAAUAGAGAUUAGAUAACCGAUCUGUUUUUGAAAUGACUUCCGUCUUGAUUUCCGGCUUUUAUUCAGAGGUUUUGAAAAUUACAUCAGGUCUUCAAAUCUUCAACCUUAUUGCAUCACACAAAAGCCAACCAAUAAACGACCAUCUCCAAGCCUCAGACCCGCCCCCCCCCAGGCUCCCGACCGCGAGUAAUAAGGUUUUAUGUACUAAUUGAUAUAUCAUUGUU